UCGGGACUGCCAGGAGAAACAUUUCAAUAAGCUUCAGCAAAGAAUUCUGUUUACGAUUCUUCAAACUCUUUCCUAUUUAACACUUUAAAAGAUGUCUUUUUAUUUUUAAACAUAUAUGUUGCAUAGUACAGAAUUACUAAAACUGGUGCUCAAAUUUUCAAUUUAAAAAUUUGUUUCCUUAAUCAAGGAACAAAAAAGGACUGGCAAAUUUGAUUUUGAAGUCUCAUUGUGAGGAAAACUUGAUGAUUGGUGCCCUGGCGAUGAAAACAUUCACUGAGUCACCACAUCUUUAUGAAUAAAAUUGACGACGAUAAGAUGGUUUGACCUUUCAAAGAUCCACAGUUCCGUGCUACAAAAUAGAAUAGAAUAGAUGGAAUCGAGCACCAUCGAAUAAAAGAAUAACGAUUUCUCCUGCACAUAUAUUUAUAAAUCUUGAUUUGCGCCAUAUUUUUUGUUCGUUAUUAGUGCAUAUAUUUGAAUAUCGUCAUAUGCAUUUCCAAAAAAGAAAUUUUAUACUUAUGAUCUACGAAUAAUUUAAUGGAAGAACUUUUUCUGGUAUAUUUAUGUUGAAAGGUAUUUAGUUUUCUUACAUAAAUAAAAUUUUGUUUGGAAAAAGUAGAACUAAAGAGAACACUGCUUGUGACUUCUGAAUUUAGGGUUUACAGAAAGAAUGCUUUUGAAAAGCCAUUUUUCUUUUUAAAUAUUUAAUGGAGAAAGCAUACGCAUGCAAUUUGUGUAGUAAAGUAUUUUCUCAGUCUCCCAAUUCAAAAAAACAUUUACAGACCCACACAAAAGAGAAACUGUACGCAUGUGACUUUUGUGACAAAAAAUUUUCUCUUUGGCCAUAUUUAAAAGUACAUUUGCGGACGCAUACGAAAGAAAAACCGUAUGAAUGCGACAACUGUAGUAAUUCAUUUUCUACGAAAUCCAGUUUAAACAAACAUUUACGGACGCAUAUGAAAGAGCCAUAUGCAUGCCAUAUCUGCAGUAAAACUUUUCCUCGGCAUCAUGAUUUAAGCAUACACUUACUGACACAUACGGAGGAAAAAUCAUACGCAUGCGACAUUUCUAACAAAGCCUUUUCUGACAAGUCACAUUUACAGAUGAUUACGGAAGAGAAAUUGUACGCAUGCGACAUCUGCAGCAAAUCUUUUCAUCGGCGUCAUGAUUUAAAUGCACAUAUACGGACGCAUACGAAAGAGAAACCUUAUACGUGCGGCAUUUGUACCAAAGCCUUUUCUGUGAUGUCAAAUUUAAGAAGGCAUUUACAAUCGCAUACGCAAGAGAAACCGUUUGCCUGCGACAUUUGUAAUAAUGCAUUUUCUACGAAGUCUAAUUUAAACAAACAUUUACGGAAGCAUACGAAUGAGAAACCAUAUCCAUGCGACAUUUGCAAUAAAGUCUUCUCUCGUCGUGAUAAUUUAAACGUGCAUUUACUGACGCACCCAAAUAGGAAAGGGUAUUCACGCCUCAUGUGCAGUAAAGCUUAUUUAUUGACAACUACUGAAAACAAACAGUAUAUAUGUGACAUUUGCAAUAAGCCUUUUCUUCGGCGUUUUGAUUUAAAUACACAUUUAAGGGCGCAUACGAAAGAGAAACCAUUUGUAUGUGGCAUAUGUAACAAACCUUUUUCUGUGAUGUCGAAUCUAAGAAGACAUUUACGGGCGCAUACGCAAGAGAAACCAUUUGCAUGCGACUUUUGUAGUAAAAAAUUUUCUCAUUCGGACUCUUUAAAAAGACAUAUGCCAAUGCAUGCCAUAAAGAAUAAAUAAAUUGUCCAUAUGUUAAGUUUAAAUUGCCUUUUCUGAGCAAGAGUACCUCAAUAGACAUUUACUGAUAGAUAAAUAAUAUUUGUGCAUAUUAUGCAGUUUAAAGGCACUUUUUAAAUAAUUUGUGCAAUAUAUAAUAUAAACGAAUGAUUUGAUUGUUGGCAAGUUUCAAUAGAUAGAAGUUUUCACUCAGAAAGAAACAAUACGUCUGGGACAUAUGUAAUUUAAAGAUACUCUUUAACCCUUUGUACUCUGAUGUCUCGGGGGCCGCGGUUGCCUGGUGAUUAGGUUUCGGCUUCAAGGCCGGACGGUUCCAAGUUCGAGACCCGAUUCCGCCGAAGAAACGUUGUGUAAGUAGGUCUGGUGCACGUUUAAUCCGCCGGUGCCAAAUGCACUAACAUUAUUGGAAUGCGGAAGUUUGGAUAGAAGCCACUAGCGGCUAAAUCACAACACGCUGUGUAUGAGACGGACGAGUACAUUGAAAGACGAGUUUUUCCGUAGGGACAAGGUUUAAGAAAAAGAGACUAGUUUUUGUUUACAAAACUGCAGAAGUUCGGAAAUUGUGCUCUAAUUGGUAGAUUUCUUUCUCACAGAAUUUUCUGUGCUGUAUUUGCUGCAACCAAUACGUGUUGUUUAGUUUGGUUUAUGCGUACUUUUUCGUUUGCUCUUUUUCAAAAUGGAGAAAAUAAAUCUUCCAGAGAAAUCUAAGUAUAAAGUAAUUGAGAUUGAUGAAAAUUUGGCUGUUUUCCGUAUUUCCGAUAUUAUAUAUAUAGAAUUAGCGUGAAGAAUUACUAAAAUAAGACUUGAAAAUCAAGCUUUUAUAAGCUGCCAUAAAAUAUCUAUAUACA